AUGGCAACGGGUGGCACCCCAUUUGAAGAUGGCACAGACGAGCAGGAGCUGCAAAACUGGACCAUCUCCAAUGGAAGCUUGGAUGAUAGACUCAACAAUAUGGAUUGGGGAGUGCAGCAGAAGAAAGCCAACCGCUCAUCUGAGAAGAACAGGAAGAAGUUCUCUGCUAUGUCAGAGAGCAGGCUAACUAAUGACAUCUCUCCAGAGUCUACCCCUGGAGCAGGGCGACGGAGAGCACGUACACCCCAUUCCUUUUCUCAUGUCAAAUACAGCACUCAGAUGUCUGUGCCUGACCAGGCUGAGCUUGACCGACUCCGUCAGUCUAACUUCACUGAUUUGGAUUGAGAAGUAUUUGGCAGUGAUUCUCAAGGCCGUGUAACUGCAGCCCACAAUCAAAGACAGCUGGUCUACUGAGGCCAAGAAACCUUUCAACUUCUCUGCCAAAUUCACCUCAACACAUACAAAAGCAAAGAGCCCACUGCGUCCACCUCUUCCACCACUGGGGGGAGGAACCCAAGAAAACAGAGUCCUGGGAAAGAGCUUUUUGCCCCAGUUCCAGCAGUUGUUAAAGAACCUUUUAGUCUGGACGGUGCCCGGUUGGGAUUGGAGGAUGGGAGAGGAGAGCUUUCCAUUGAUUAGCCGUCAGGGUAAUCAAGAUGUGUUGUCAGUAAACUGGUGCAAAUUCGUGAAUACAUUGGCAAGGCCACAUCCAUGAGAGACGACCUGGUGGAAAAGAACGAUGUGCCUGCAAACGUGGAACGUCUCUCUCUCCUCAUCUCUCACUUGAAAGAGCAGGAGAAAUCUUACCUGCGUUUUCUUCAGAAGAUGCUGGUUAGCGAGGAAAAUGAGGAUGAGGAUGAUGAAGGUGCUACGGUGGAUUCUGCAGUAGGUUCAGGCUCGGUGGCCGAGAGCACGUCUCUGAACCUGGAGCCGCGCUCUGAAACCUCCAGUGCCACUGGCCAUGGGGUCUGUAGAGAGCAGAAAGAAGAGCUAGAAAAUAUGCGAAAGCAGCAUGACUUGCUAAAAAAGAUGCUGGAACAGCAGGAGCAACUCCGAGCACUACAAGGCCGUCAAGCUGCACUACUGGCCAUGCAGCAAAGCGCUGAACUAGCCAUAGCAGUGAUGGAUGACACUGUUGUUACGGAGACUACUGGAAGUGUGUCUGGCAGGAGCAUUACUUCAGAGCUCAAUGAUGAACUCAAUGAUCUUAUCCAGCGGUUUCACAACCAACUACACGAUUCUCAGUCUCAGGUGGUCCCAGACAACCGACGGCAGGCAGAAUGUCUCUCUCUUUCAAGAGAGGUGUGCCGAUCACGCACUACCCAUAAUUCUCGGGGUCAGUUACCUUCCUCUGCCCCACUAACUACUGCAUCAACCUCGGCCAGCGCAAAACUUUAACUACAGGAGUUACAGGACAAAAAGCAGACCAUGGGACAAGAUUCUAAAGAACUCCAUUCCCUUAGAGACCAGACCCUCAACAACAGUUCCUGUCAGAGCGUCAGCCAGCGUAGUGCACUUGUAGGCAUGUCGGAGCGUCCCUCAGUUUUGGGUAGAGAGGGAAAUGGGCCACGUCCAGUGAGGCAGGACUCCUCCUCUGCUUACACACAGAUUGAUGAUAACAGCCACUCUGCUGACAAACUCAGGAAGCUGAAGGAAGUGCACAAGCGAUUGAAUGAGCUAAGAGAGCUUGUUCAGUAUUAUGAACAGACAUCAGAUAUGGUGGUGGAUACUGUAAAUGAGAAUGUGAAGGAGGAAGAUGGAACUGAGGACGGUUCACUUUUUGAGGCCAUGUUUGAUUCAGAGCAGGAGAACCACGAACCAGUCACCAACAUCAGAAAUCCAGCCCAACCACAGACUCCAAGUAACUGGAUGGACAUGAACAGUUUGACAAAGACUCGCAGUGUCAAUAAUAGAGAUGGCCGCCUAAACACAGAAUGUGAAAUCAAUAAUCGCUCAGCAGCCAACCUACGCAGUCACAUCCCUUCAAUCAUAGAAUGUCAGCACAACCGAGAAGGGCCUUACCAUGGAGUUAAAGAUGAGGAGGAUGAGGAGGCGCUGGAGGAUGACGACGGAGCUAGAGGAGGAGGAGGAGGAGGUAGGGACAGUGAUGGUUCAGGGUCCAGUCAUAGGAGCAGUCUGGGGGGUGAUGCAGAGUAUGCUCAGAAAGUUCACCGUCUUCAAACAGCCAAACAACUCCGACAACUUCAAGAACUGGUGGCCAUGGUGCAGAGUGAUGAUACAGAUGGUACUACAGCUAAUGAGGAUGAGGGUUUAAAGCAGCAACCCAACAACACCCGAGCAACAGCUCCCAAAGCCCAGAGAGACAUUGCCCUCUGUGAUAAGGCCAGAGAGAUGUAUGAGGAGAAACUCAAGCAGCAGCAGCAUGAACUAAAGCAGCUUCAUGAAGAGAGACAGAGACUGUUGGAGAUUCAGGGGAAGAUACAGGACAUACAGUGGGCUUGCCCUGAUCUUCAGUCGUCUGUGAGCAGUAGUGCCAGUGGUCAGAUGAGCAGGAAGAUUCCAGCAGCAGCCUCUACUCCUGCUCCUGUACCAUUACAAUCUUCUUCCUCAGCUAAAGCCAACACUAGCCUCAAACCCACAACUGAACCUCCUCCAGUCACCGUCACUGACAAUGAGCUGUGGACAGAGAUGCGAAGACACCAGAUGUUGCGUGAAGAGUUGAGGCAGAGACGGAAACAACUGGAGAGUCUGAUGGCAGAGCAGCAGAGGAGAAGCACACUUCCUGACUCUCCAUUCAGAAGCGACACACACGAGACCCAGUCCUACAGUCGUGAUGAAAGAACCGUGGCCACUUGGGGUGGUUCUACACGGUGUCCUCUUGGUGAUGAUGAGGAUGAUGAUUACUCCUCUGAGGUAGGAGCUGAGGAUGAUGACGAUGAUGAACAUGAUGAGGGAGAGGAGUCCAGCUCCACCGAUGAACGACAUGCUUGCUCUGCACAAAAACAACGCAACUACAACAGGAAUAGCAAUAGCAGAGAGGGUCUGAAAGUUCUCAGGGAAGUUAACACGAGUCCUUCCCCUCGUGGAUCAAGAGGUCGUUCUCGUCAGCAGCCGCAGUCCGAGAGAGGAAAUUCUAGCAAAGCCAAGAGGCAGGAGAACCUGCGAUGGGCAGCUGAUCUGUCUCUCUCUGAAGGUGCUGCACCAGCACACUGGCAGGAGCAGAUCACACACCUCCAGAAACAGCUCAACUUCAGCACUACCAUGUGCCAAACUCUGCUUCAGGAUCAGCAGACACUUUCAUACAUGCUGCAGGCUCUGCUCACAGGCCCAUGCGGUGUUGUGCCCAAUAAUGUGACCUCUCCUCAGGUCCCUCUCAUCAUGCACCAGCUAAACCAGUGCUACACACAGCUGGCUUGGCAGCAGAACAAUGUCAAUCGAUUAAAGCAGGUUCUGAAUGAUCUAUUGCGGCAGCAGCAGAGCCAGUCAUCAUCAGGACAACAGCAGAAUCAAAGUGUUGCACAUGAUCCUGCAUCUAUGUUCCUAAAUUACCCACCUGGCAAUACACUCAAUAUUCCUGGACUUCCAAAUUUCUCCCCUUUUCCAGCUGGAUUUAAUUUCGCUCCCAUGUUUCCCCCCUCAGUAAGAGAUUUCCAGCAGAACCAGGAUAGCUCAGAUCAACAUCAUGAUCCAAAUAUAUCCCUCAAAACGGAGUACAUGAAUUUCCCCCCUCCACUACAGAGAUCUCCACUCAAUAAUGCAGAGAAACGGUUUCAGUCUCACUCUGAUAAUCUGGCUGAUGCUAAUAACUCCAGCUGGUUAAACUCCUCUCUGAAUCGUUCUAGUCAGAGGCCCAUUCUUACCUCUGACCAUCAGAGUCAGAUAGAGCAGAACUCUCUUUCCUCAUCUCCUGUCCCUCACCCUUCUACAUCUCAUAAUCGCUCUUACAUACCUGACUCCCAGGAGUCUAUGAGCAGCCUGCCAGACAGAGCAGACCCGACUACUGUCACCAAGACCUUCAGAGCAGGACGCAAGGCUGCGGCACAGGCCAGCCUGGCAUCCAGAGACAAGACUCCUAACAUGAAGAGCCGCAGGAAGAGAGGCAGGGGACAGAAGAACACUGCUUCUGUGGACAGUGACAGUGUUUCAAGUGACUCUCAUUUUGAGAGAGAGCGCUCCAAUCAGGUCAAAUGUAAAGAGCUCAAUCAGGGUCUGUUGGACAAGCUCACACAGGAAAAACUGGACAGCAAGACUAAAAACAGCAAACCAAAUGACCUCUCAUCUGCAUAUGCUUGGAGAACACCUUUUCUCUCUAACAGAAUUGCAUGCACUGAAGUCCCAGAUGUGAGCAGUGAUUUCUCACUCUUUGAGGCCUUGAGAGAAACCAUCUACUCUGAAGUGGCAACACUGAUUUCUCAAAAUGAGUCUCGCCCUCACUUUCUCAUUGAGCUCUUCCAUGAGCUUCAGCUGCUCAAUACAGACUAUCUACGCCAGAGGGCGCUCUAUUCAUUGCAGGACAUUGUAACGAGACACCUUACGGAGAAGAGUGUGGCAGAUGAACAGGCCUCCUCUUUAGGUCCAGCUGUAUGGGCUACAGGCUCCCAAUCAGAGCUCACGCCUAGUGAGAGCUUGGCUACUAGUGACAACGAUGCCUCUGACAAGAUUGUAACCGUUAAAUCCAACUCUGUACUAAAGAGGGUACCAGACAGAGACUCCAUGGACAACGAGAGCCUUCUGUCUACGUCCUCCAACCUUGAACCGUUUGCUAGUGAUGACCUGGGUAACACAGUGAUUCAUUUAGAUAAGGCAUUGGCCAGGAUGAGGGAGUAUGAGCGCAUGAAGCUGAGGGCUGAAUGUAACACUGAUAACCCUGAGCACAGCUCUGCAGUUGCUGCUGCCACCGCUGCCUCAGCUCUUACUCAAGGUGCAGGACAUUCGUCUACAGAUGCACAUUGUCCUCAGAUUGACACCCAACAGCUGGACCGACAGAUCAAAGCCAUCAUGACAGAGGUCAUUCCCUUCCUAAAGGAGCAUGUUGGGGAGGUGUGUUCACAGAAGCUGCUCAAAGCUGUGAGACACAUGGUGCUCAACCUCACUCAGCAAAAUGAUGAAAGCAAAGAGUUUGUUCGUUUCUUCCAUCGGCAGCUGGAAGGCAUCCUGCAGGACUCCCUCAGCAAGUUUGUAGGUCGGAAGUUGCAGGACUGCGGUGAGGAUCUGCUGGUGGAGAUCUCUGAGAUUCUGUUUAAUGAGCUCGCCUUCUUCAGACUGAUGCAGGAUUUAGAUCAGAACACCUCCAAAAACAAACACAGGACCAAGAGACGGUCCAACCACACAUCUCCAAAACACUCACCUCACACUGAGGAGAUGAAGACACUAGAGAGAGAAAAAACGUUCUCACCAUCCUAUUUUGAUGAAGACAGAGAUCAGGAUGAGACCGAGCGGCAAGAGAUGCCUCAUGAGAGAGAAGAGGAGAAGGAGAAAGAAGCACAGAGCAGUGAAGCAUCUGAGGUGGAAGAGGAAGAAGGACUGCCACUUUCUAUAAGCCUGUCUAAAGCAGAGACACAGGCUCUAUGCAACUACGGCAGUGGAGAAGAUGAAAAUGAAGUGGAAGAGAUGGAGGAGUUUGAGGCUGUACCUGUAGAGGUGCAAACAUCAUUACAAGCCAGCAUGGACAACACUAGUGAACACAGAGAGAGCUCUGCCUUACAAAAUGAAACCCCACAGGAAACCAAAUCAGACCAAGACAGCUCGGAAAGUAGUCAGUUAAAUAGUGAACCGUCUGAUCCCAAAGUCAUUGUCCAGCCUGAAGAAGAGACUGGAGAAGAGGAAAAAUCUGCUUCGGGAGAUGAAGGGGAGGAAAAGGAGGACUGCACUUCUGCUCCAGCCCAGGAAACUCCUCAGAGCUCUGAUUCAGCUAGUCCUGAUACAGACUCUCCAGUCAUGAUCAACACUGAUGAAGCUGGAUCUGGAAAUACCAGUCAGAGAUCGGAUGAGGAAGAUUUUGUGAAGGUGGAGGAUCUUCCUCUUCAGAUGUCUGUUCUGUGUGAGGAAGAGCUCUGUAAGAGGAUCUCAGACGAGCAGCAAAAUAAUAACUUAACAGCUGAAAUUCUCAAUGGAAAUACAAGCGAGCUUACGGGAUUGGUGGGAAAUGCUCAAGCACUCAAAGAGCCUGAAACCAUUGGAGCCCAGAGUGCAUGAGAAUGAUCUUUGUCUUACACUACGGUCCAUCAUUCAUGCAGCAUUACUGUUUAAUGAGCUUAAUACCCUAAGAAUCCUUGGAAACAACAGCUAAGCGAAUCAGCCUGUCAGCAUGUGUGAUCUAACAGUUUAAGAGGCGGCUAAGAAGUCUCUCUACACUUGUAAGUAGUUUUAUUGAGAAUGUAGAUGAUGUUUUGAAGCGGGCUCUUGUCUGUCUUUUAAGCGGUUCUGUAGUCUGUAAGUGCAUUUUUCUGUGUUUCUCUUUGUUGAGCUUCUUCAACGGCCGCGGUUUAAGGGAUGCAGAACAUUUGUGUGUUCCUAUGUUUGGCAUGGUUAGGCUUUUGUUUUUGCAUUUCUCCUGUGAUUUUUGCCUAUGAAAUACAACAAAGACAAUACACCUUUUGUUCCUCUGGUUCAGGACAAGAUUGAGCACAUUUGGCGGAAAUGAAAAUAACCCUAUUUAAAUAUAUCUGACUUGACCCAGACUGCACAUUGAAAACCCUUAGGGAUACAGCAGAGUCACAUAUUAGCACUGAUGCGUUGUCCUGUCCUUUCUUAUUGCACUCUUUUAAAUGUUCUCUUGCUUUUAUUUGGAUCUUUUUUAAGGCAUGUUGGCCAAUGCUUGGGUUCUCACCCCAUUUCACCUCGUGUAAUUCUCCAAUGUUUAGAUUGAGAUUUAAAAGGAAUAAAACAUUGAUUUUUA